AUGAACUUCGACGGUGAUUAUCGCGCUGCCGCUAUAACAAAACGCAAUGUGAACCGUCAGUUUUACAAGCUUUACUUUAAAAGUUUGGUGAGUGUAACGCCAGUCUCGGUUACUCGACUUGAGGUUAAAAUUUGCGACCAGGAGGAUAAUCUUGUGUUCAAGAGUAAUGAACCGCUUCGUCACCAUUACAUGAUGACUACUUCCCUAGAGGAGGCUGAUGUUAGGGCUUUGUUGCGUGGUCUUGAAGAAGCCACUAAGUUAGGGAUCAUGCGCAUCACUAUAUACUGCCGUCUCCCUCAGAUUUUCAAAUACCUAAGGGGAAUAGCGUAUCCCAUGGAGAACAAGAUUGCUAUGCUUAUAGUUGAUGUGAAAGUUAUGAGAAAUCGAUUCUUGUCUUGCAAUCUUGUUGAGAUCUUCAAUGAAGACACUAAGUUUUUCUAUAGACCCUUUAUGAUGAAGAGGUGCACGGAAGAAAUGAAAAGUUUUACGCAAGAGAAGAGACGUUUCACGCAAGAAAAUAAAAUUUUCACGGUAGAGAAGAAAAGUUUCACGGUAGAGAAGAAGAACAGUUACAUGGAAGAGAACAAGAACGGUUUCAUGGAAGAGAAGAAGAACAGUUUCAUGGAAGAGAACAAGAACAGUUUCACGGAAGAGAAGAAGAACAGUUUCAUGGAAGAGAUUUGCAAUAUCUGUUUCGACGACAUUGAUAUUUAUCUCAUGUUUCCUGCUUGUGUACAAGGUCAUAGAUUUUGCUUAACUUGUGUGAAAGCACAUGUCGAGGUGAAGCUUCUUGAACGAAAGAUACCGACAUGUCCUCAGUAUCUCUGUAACUCUCAGCUAUCUAUGGAUGACUGUGGGGAGAUAUUGACUGAAAAGCAGAGUUUGAUGUGGAAGCUGAUGAUUAAAGAGGUUUCAAUGCCUCAUAGUCAGAGAGUUUACUGUCCAUACCAAAAAUGCUCGUAUCUAAUGUCCAAAACCGAGCUUUCUUCUUCAUUUGCUGAACCUGGACGUAGGAAAUGCUUCAGUUGUGGUGGCGACUUCUGUAUCAACUGCAAAGUUCCGUGGCAUAGUAAGCUAACCUGCGGCUAUUACAAGAUGUUGCAAACUGAAAACGAUGAUGCGAAGCUUAAGUCUUUAGCUAAUCAUAAACGGUGGCGUCAAUGUGACAACUGCCAACACAUGGUUGAACGUACUUCCGGAUGCGACACCAUAAAUUGCAGGUGUGGAUAUUCUUUUUCCUACACCAAUGAAGCUAAACCGAUCCACUUAACCGAAUUCAAUGAGGUUGUUGGACCUCCUGGUGGUGAGAUUAUAACUGGGUUUAUUGGAAGGCGCAGAGAUGAUACAGUGAUGUACGAUGAAGGAAAUUUCUACAUCAAUAGGUUUAAGAUCCAUGAAAGAAUAGAAGGAAGCGAUGAUGAGAAUCCAGGAAACGAAGAAGAAUACUAG